AUGGACUCGACGAAACCUGCUAGACGCAGUCAUGACCGAGGGCCGGCACUUCCACUCAACAUAAGCCGGAAAGACCUGAAGAUAUACGAUACCUGGGAUGAGGAUAAAUUCGAACAAUGUGAUUUCAUGUACAAGGCGCCAACCGGCGAGAUCUUCAUAGGCCACUCCCACAGACAGAGCAACGCCUUGAGGGUUUCGACAAUGAAAGCCGCUCUGAAGCGCGCCCCAGACGACGAGGUCUACCCCAGGCUGCCCGAAAGGAACAACAACACCACCACCACCACCACCACCUGCACCACCGGCACACCAUUGCAGCCCCUGACACUCGCGCCUGCGGAUAUCCUCGCCGACCCUUCGCAGAUCUUUGAGAAACAGCCAGACAUUGGCUGGUGCUGUGUUAGCGCAGAGGAGUUCGCGGCAAGAAUGUUCCAUGAAGCGCGCAUCAUGCAGAUGACUGCGGAAAAGUCGCAUCCGUACAUUAUCAAGUACUAUGGCCUCCGCGUGGAGCGAGAACUUGUCAAAUCGCUGGUAUUUGAGCGACUCGAUAAAGCCCUUGUCAAGUACGCCGCGACACGUGAAUUCGCUAGGCUGGACAAGGGCUCGUUCUUCAGACGCCUUGAGUCGGCUGUUCGGCAUCUGCAUUCGCUGGGUCUCGCGCACAAUGACAUUCAUCCAAAUAAUGUCAUGAUCCGUGAACGGGAGAAUGGGGAGGUUGAACCGGUACUCAUUGACUUUGGGUCCUGCGCGCCGGUGGGGGAGAAGCUGCAGUUCACAUUGGGGACACCGGGGUGGUAUGAGGAGGAGUUUGAUACAUCGGAGAAAGAGCAUGAUCUGUACGCUCUUGGGAAGAUGAAGAAGUGGUUACAUGCUGCUGAUAGUCAAUGUGUCUGUUCCUAG